AUGAUAAUAAUAUUUAUAUUUGUGUCACGUUUGCCUUUUAAACUAAUCAACGACACUGAUACAGAUUGUAUAAAUCUACAUCAUUUUGAUCAUGAUCAAACUUAUCUAAAAUUGUUGGUUGACAUUAUCCAAAAAAGUCUAUUAAAAGAUGAUAAGAUAGAUCAUGAAAUUAAAGAAAAACUAGUUGGUUAUACUAUUAAAACAUUGAGUAUGAUUAGGUUGUCGUUGGUCGGUGAGGAGCCUGCCAAGGUCAAACUCUCUGUGAUCAAAGAGUACUUGGAAGUGAAAUUGUCAAACAAAUCCGCUGUACCAUCUAUAUUCGAUGUCGCCGAGACAAUGUUGACUGCCAAUAACUUUGAGUAUGAGACAUACGAUACCAUGGGUAUUCUCGACCAAUUGGUGCCACUGUUUAGUAACCAACCAGCAAUAAUCGAUCGAUUCAGAUUGAUCUACGCUCCACUAUUAUUUAAAAUUAUAAUCUAUACAUCAAAUUGUCAAAUCUAUGAUAGUCUAUCUUUCCCAUUGGGAAGAGUACAAUUUCAAGCGUUGUGUAAUGAAUGGGUGGUGAGUGAUACCGAGAAGGUUAAGAUACUGUCAUUCAAUUCAGAGCAGCGGUCACUCGCAAAGUUUAUGUAUAUAUUGUCCCAAUGCGAUCUCUCAGCGACUUCAAGUCAGCUGAUAAACGAUCACUUUGCAAAGAUCGCUGAAUUGAUACCAGUUUCGCUGAAGCUGAUAGCAGGGUAUCAUCAAUCCAGUGGACCGUUACUCAAUGAUUUCGGCGAAGUGUUCCGACAUUUCAUGGGAAUGAUAUUGUCGUCGGACAAUGAGCCAGUCUUAAAUCAACUCAUUCAAACAAUGAAAGAUAUGAUAGAGGAUGAUCCAAAGCUAUUCGAUCUUCUCUAUCCAUUGAUCAACGACAGACUAUCGGGUCACGAUUCCUAUUUCAAACGCUACUUUAAGGAUAUAAGAGUUAGAUAUUCCGUUAAGAACAUCUUAAUCAAGAAACAAGAAUCUAAAUUUGGUGCAUUAUUAGAUAUUUAUCAAAAUUAUAUUAAUGGUAUCAUCAAACUUAUGACAUUUACAAGUGAUUCAUUUGUUUUGGUUGAAGGAUUAUUCGGUUACUUCAAGGUUUACUACGAUCAAACGAAAGCAAAAAGUAAAACCGAUGAUGGCUGUUACAAUGUUUUGGCGAUCUUAAUACAUACUUUGCUGUUAAGAAGCAAUUCGGUAGUGGAUAUCGUGGUGACGGAUACUAUCGUUGAUUUAUUUAUCUACGCAUACGAGAGUCAUGCAUGUUCACAGCAACAGAAGGAUAUAUUCAAUUUUUUAGUGAUAUUCAUGACAAAGUCUGAUGACGAUAAGCAUAUGCCUUUCAUUACGAAAUACUCUCAGAAACUACAAUUGUUGUUCAACAAUAUCUCCAACUUUAAUAACCACAAUAUAAAGUUGACAAUUUCCAGAAACCUUUCAUUCCUAAAUCAAUGUAUUUCCAGUGGAGCGGUUGUAGUUGAUGACAGAAUAGUCACAAUUAUCUUGGACAAUGUCAGAGAUGCUUUUGCUGCUCCCUAUCAGAAAAUUGUACCGCUUGCCAAGUUCCUAGAUAUGCUGCCAGAUGCACACCGACACUGGAAUAAAUAUAGAGGACCAACCCUACAGUAUAGAAACAUCAACAGCAAUAUCAAUCUGAUGACAGCCGAGGAUCAAACACUGUAUUCAUUACACAACAAACUAAAUGACGCAGAAAAGAAACUGCUAAGAACCAAACUAAACAGCUCCAUUGUUACCUAUCUACGAAGAGAACUGCCUAUCAAUGUUCCGAGUUCUCAUUUUACCAAAUCUGCUGAUUUCGUUGGCAUUCAAUUCUUUAAAGACAAGGCAAUUGUAGAUCCAUUAGAAAAGGUGUCAUCUCAGUCGUGCGUGGAUGGCUGUGAACUUCCUGAACUCAGUAAAGUUAUAUGGGCGGAAAUAUUAUUCAAUCUUUUUAGCGAUGCCACUACAUCAACGAAAUGGAAGAUAAGAACACUCCCGAUGGUCUCAACCUCGAUUCUCUCGAACAAUCCGAUGAAAUCAGUUGAAAUUCGUUCAAAGUUGACACACAUCGGUUCGAAAUUCUGUCUGUUUAAGAAUCCACCACUUCAUUUGAUCGAUUAUGAAAUCGCUCAUAUUCCGACAAAGUUCCAUCCUCAGUGUAUCAACAGUCUUCAGGCACUAACUCAAACAUUCGAUACCUACACCAACAACCAUGUUAAUUCCUAUACCUUUGAUAUGUUCGAGACUGACGACUACCAAGAUCUAAGUUACCACGAGACAUUCAUACACUAUCUAGACUGCUGUCCAAGUUUGAAUUCCAUACAUUUCAAACAUUUCGUUUCCAACAAGCACAUAAUGGAACUGUACUCAAAGUUUGUGAGAGACAAUACAAAGGUUGAUCAUCUUGUUCGACGAUACAAUAGAUUCAAGUAUUUCAACGUACCAAUUCUGAAUGACUCGAACGACUAUGACCAAACCUUUCAGUACUAUGAUGACUUCCAAGAGGAUGACGAUUUUUCUGUUGAUGAAGAGAGCAAAGAGCAUAUCCUUUCAACUUUUAUUCAGAACUACAUCCUACAACAAAAGGAAAAGAAAAUUUCAUCAGUUACAUUUGAAUCGAAUUCAAUAGAUGCCAACUUUAUGCCUCAGUGUCUUCACCUGCUCAAUGAAAUCAAAGAGAGUAACCAAUUAGAUAUUAUGGUCGAUCUAACAAUAACCGUUCCUCACCAAACCAGUCAUAUAAAUACAAAACUAUUGUCACUGAUUCGGUCGCUCUCAGUCACCUCCUCUCGAAUCAACAUAGUUGGCUGCCACUUUACAAAUCUAUCAAAGCUAGCUAUUACCGCCAUACUACCCAACAGGGAUUACUCGGGACUACUACAACAAGUUUUUAGAGGAAACAAAUCACUCAAGCAUUUGGUUUUGGAGGGUCAAAUCGAAUGUAAUCUGUCAUUGUACAUUCCAAACAAUCCUGGUCAUACUCUAGAGACAUUGGAGUUGAUAUAUCAUGAUGAGAUAUCUAAAAUCAACAAAUUCCAAAUAGCUAGUAAACAAUCGAAACUCUACUUUGAAGAAAUUUUUGUAAAACUGAACAAAGACGAGAACAAAUCGAUCGUUAACUUGGUUGUUGCUGCGAAAGUUGAAAAUCAAAAAUGUCAAGUAAAGUAUGAAGAAGUAUUAUUUACAUUUCUUGAAUUUAACCCUCUCUAUUCAACCGACUAUUAA